AUGAAUCCAAAGUAUCAGGCUCGUUUGUUUAGUGCCAGUAGGGUUGGUAUAUCGCGUAGCGCUGGCAUAUCGAGCUCGAGCACAUGCAUGUACGAAGAAAUGAACUCGUUUCAUUCGCGAAGGGCCUAUUUUGUCGAAGGGCGAAAUAAAACGUUAGCAGGUGAGCGAUGGAGCGAGGAAGCGACGAAGUUAGCAAUCAAAGCCAGAACUGAAAAUGAAACAAACCAAAUGAUGAGCGGAAGACCGGGAAAACGUCGGUCUCAGCGAAAUGUGAAGAUUGAAAUGCCCUCCGGCGAGAACGGAGUUCGAGGUCCCGGAGGGACUUGA